AUGGAUGGCAGCUACUCGGUUAAGACGGCUUAUUUGAUCGGCAAAUCAUGUAAUCUUGACCUCUUUCACAAGGCUUGGGUGGAAAUUUGGGGGCUUGGGGUUACUCCAAAGGUACGCCAUUUUCUGUGGCGAAUUUGCACAGGAACUUUUCCGGUGAGAGCUUACCUCAAUUACAGACAUAUGAGUGAUGUUGUAGACUGCCCAUGGUGCGUGAACUGCCCAGAAACCACCCAGCACGCUUUGUUCGAUUGCCACACUAUUCGUGCGCUUUGGGUGGAAUGUGAUUGUGUUGAAAUGUCAAUUUGGCCUACCGGUAUGUCUUUCUUAAAUUUAAUUGAAUCAUGGAGUAAGUUGGAUGCACAAAAGGUGAGUAUAGGUGCGAUAUUAAUGUGGAACAUAUGGCAUAGGCGAAAUGAGAUGAUCUUCAAGGGCAAAGAAAUUUAUCAUCCGGUGAUCAUCGAGCGUACUCACAGACUUGCAUCGGAUUGUAACUCCUACUUGAAGAAGAUUUAUGGGGGUGUCAAACGCAACCCAUGUCGCAGCCCCAAGAAGUGGAAAGCGCCACCUGAAGGUAUCAUAAAACUCAAUUGUGACGCUUCUUUACAUGAGGAGGGUUGGAUUGGAAUGGGGGUGAUUGCUAGAGAUUGGAAGGGGGAAGUACUCUUUGCCGCGACCAGAAGAGUGAGAGCUUACUGGCCUCCAAUCGUUGCUGAAGGGAAAGCGAUCGCAUUAGCCGUUAAACUUGCAAAACGGUUUGGUUUACCAGAGGUUAUCAUAGAGUCCGAUAGCGAAGUCAUCAUUAAGCGCUUAACCAAAGCAACGAUCUACUUCACUGACCUGGAUGCUCUUUUAGAUGAAAUUUUAUUCUCUUGUUUCUCUUUUUCUUCUGUUGUUUGGUGUCAAGUUGUAGACACCUAA